AUGACGGUCGAGGUUGAGCGCAUCACAGAGGGUGCCUUGAAGCUGUUGAGUCCUCUGCAAUGGCUCGCGCUAGGGGCAUUCUUGUACCUCCUCAACACCUGGAUAUUGUACCCAUUCCUGUUCUCACCAGUCCGACACAUUCCCGGGCCAUGGUAUGCCCGCGUCUCCAAAAUUCCACUGUGGUACGCAACCUAUAAGCGGAGACGAACCGAGUUCGUGACCAGGUUGCUCGAGCAGUAUGGCCCGGUGGUUGUGAUUGCCCCGAACCAGGUCCACAGCACAGACGACAACGCCAUGAAGCAGAUAUACGACAAGACAGCCAUCAAAACGAGCUUUUACGCCUCCAUGGGUAGCUGGAAGGGCGUCACUACAACGCUGGGCUUCCUCGACUAUGCCUCUGCUGCGCGGUCCCGUAACAAUCUCCUGCAGUGCUUUCAGAAUCGCAACCUAGCGACGCUGGCGGAGAAUAUGCAGUCGCACGUGGAGGAUUUCAUUCGGCUACUAGAGCAGAAAUCUCGGAGUGGAGAUGCUGUCGAUGGCGUCGUUGUGUUCCGUCUGUUGGCUCUCGACAUCGUCACCGACGUCCUCUGGGGCGAGGAGAAUAGGCUCCUGCAUCAUUUCGACGAUGAUGAAACUCCCGUUUUCCUCCGCCGCUUUCACGCGUUCAGCACGUGGAACGCGAUGAAAAGUUUCAUCCCCGGCGCCGACCUCCUCGUCAGGUGCUUGGGCAACGCGAAGUGGCGAGGCCUGCGCAACGACUGCAACGACAUGGAUGUGACUGCGCGAGAAGCCUUGGAUCGCUGGUUGGCCAGCGACAAGUCUGGCCACCGUCACCGAGACAAGGAUGUGCUGUCCAUGUUGCAAUCCAUGAACAAGGGCAACGUGUCUGCCGUGCCCACCCAGGAUGUCCCAGCUUACAUGGUGGAAAUGCUGGCCGCGGGCUCCUCGACCACCUCUCACACGGCGGCUUUCGCGUGUUGGUUACUCACCCGCCACCCGGAGGCCCAGGCACGUCUGCAAAAAGAACUCUUCGAAGCCUUCCCCAAUUCGGACACCAUGGACAUCAAACUGUCCCUCGAUCUCCCCUUCCUGGAUGGCGUCUUUCGAGAGACCAUGCGCAUGUUCCCUGUGAUCCCUGGUCCUCUGGAACGAUACAUAGGACAAGACAUCUGCAUGGCCGGCCAGGCCGUCCCCAAGGGAGUCAUUGCGUCAACCGCCGCGUACAACCAGGGUCGACUGGAAUCGGUCUACCCCGAGGCCAAUUCGUGGAAGCCGGAGCGCUGGCUCGAUGCGACCGAACGGAUGAGGCUGAAUUGGACGCCCUUCGGAUACGGAUCGCGCAUUUGCCCCGGUGCCAAUCUGGCCAUGACCGAGCUGAAAUACAUGGUCGGGAUGAUCUUCAGAAAGUUCAGAGCCGUCCUCCCACCUGGCCAUGAGGACGACACUCUCGAAUUGGCGGACGUUUUUGGAGCGGCGCCAAAGACGGGACAUUGCUGGCUUAAGUUUGAAGCAUUGGAAGAAAGUGGACCAGUUUUUUAA